AUGGCCACCCUCAACGGAGACCCUAAUGCGUAUGAUGUCACCCAAUUCGCCAAGGGCCUCGUUGGCACUUGCUUAUGUGGAUCAGUGAAGGUGACAAUCCAUGACUGCGGCCUUUUCACUAAGCGAAGGGGCCAUAUCUGUCAUUGUGCCAACUGUCGAAAAGUCUCUGGAAGUUUUGCUGCCAGUAAUCUCAUUAUUGAGGAAGCAAAGGUCGAGAUCGAAGACCAAAGAGGCACGCUCACUAAGUUUGUCGACAAUCAAACUGGAAGUGGAACACCCCUUGACAGGUACUUCUGCUCGCGAUGUGGGAAUCCUAUUAAAUCCGUUACUCCUCUCUAUUUAGGGAAGGUCGUACUGAAGAUGGGGUUAUUUCCAAGAAUCCCAGCACCUGAAUUCGAAACAUUUGCUCUACAUAGGCAUGAGUGGCAAGGGUUGCACCGCAACGUGGAACUAUAUAAAAUCAAAGCCUUUGGAGAAAAACUUUAG